GUGUUUGAUUGGAGUGACGUCUAGGUCAGCCGUUAGGUGUUCCAAUGUCUCCUGUUUGCUGAUGGAAAACGUAACUUCUCAGAGGCUAUAAAUACGAGGGCCAUUUGCAGCUUCGUGAGCAGACCACAGGACGUUGUCAUUUACGCAUAACCAAACACAAAAUGACUGCAUCAGUGUGGUUCAUCUCGUUUGUCUGUCUCGGAUUCGCUGGCUUGGCCCUGACCGGACCUUUGGCCCGCGAGUCGUGUGUCAACGAGUCCAAGAAUCGAGUCGCCCGAGACUUCCGCGCUCUCAUCAAACACGGUCGUGAUUACCACGAAAAUCUAGUCCAGCAGAGGGGUGGUAUCCCUAGACACCAAGCAGAUGUCCAGCCAGCGGAUUUGAAAAUGGAUCCGGUCACCUACUGCUAUGGAGAGAUUGGUUGCAUAACCGUCGAUGAUAGCUGGUACGACCCAACUCAUCGACCCAUCAAUCAGGAGCCAUUGCCCAGAGAGAAGAUUAACACAAGAUUCAUCUUGCACACGAGAGAAAGACCAACUCAGGACACUAUGCUGUACGCCAAUGAUUUGGAUACCAUUCGCUAUUCGACUUUCAAUCCUAACCGACCCACCCAAUUUUUAGUUCACGGAUUCAUUGACGAUGGAACUGUCAGGUGGAUGAAGAGACUCACCGAGAAUUUGCUAGCCCAUGGUGAUUACAAUGUAAUCAUUGUUAACUGGGGAGGGGGUUCUCUCCCUAUGUAUAGCCAAGCCACUGCCAACACAAGAGUGGUUGGCCUUGAAAUUGCCUACAUGGUCAACACUAUGAUUACUAAUUUUGGAGUUGAUCCCGGCAUGGUCCAUCUUAUCGGUCAUUCUUUGGGAGCCCACACCGUUGGUUAUGCAGGCGAGGGAAUUGAAGGCCUUGGUAGGAUUACUGGUCUCGAUCCAGCUGAACCUUACUUCCAGUACAUGCCGACUCAUGUGCGUCUCGAUCCCACCGACGCUAAAUUCGUCGACGCCAUCCACACAGACACUAGAACUAUUCUCCUGCUAGGUUACGGCAUGAUACAGCCCGUAGGACACCUGGACUUCUAUCCGAAUGGUGGACGAGAUCAGCCCGGAUGCAAUCCAGUUGAUAUUCCUUUGGACAUGAUCACUGAAGAUAUGGUGACAGGUGGCAGAGAACUGGCGGCGUGUAACCAUUUGCGUUGCAUUGAAUUCUUCAUCGAUUCUCUUUUGCCCAACUACAACUAUGUUGGUUACGAAUGUUCCGAUAACGAGGCUUUCCAUCGCGGCGAGUGCUAUUCCUGCGGUGCAGACAACUUGAACUGUGCUAAAUUUGGUAUUGACGCUUCACUGUAUCCGUCACGAGACAGAAAUUUUGUCACACUCUUGUUUGACACGGGCAAAGACGUUCCUUAUAUCAAGUACCAUUAUAGCAUCAAAGUGAAUCUAGCUUACCCUGCUGAGGCUGAAGCGUUCGUCUACGGUACAAUGCGCAUCUCUUUGUAUGGAACGGCGGGGCAACUUGUUGACAUGGUCAUUGCCGAUAAAAGCCAUAAGUUUGUGCAUGGAGCAGAUACCUACAUGAUGUUCAUCGAUCCUUUUAAUGUGGGCAACAUUCAACGUGUGGAGUUGUUCUGGAAUUAUGACGGUUCCGUUCUCGAUCUCGGUUCUACUUGUGGCCUCUUCUGUAAUGAUCACAUCUACGUUAGAAGUGUGGAAAUUUCUGAACUGAACAACUACCCAGAAUCGAAUCGUCUAGCACAUACUUUCAAGUCAUGCGUGGUUGGGGCUGAUUACGUGGACAUGAAAGACAGGAGCUGGGCUGAAUUUUAUCCCACAGCUUGCGUCUAAAUUUGGUUGGUAAUAUCGUUA